AUGCCCGGAUCCGAAGGUAUCGUCCACGGCCAUAUCCACAAUUUCAACAAUGUCACAUACAUCCACGGACACGUUCAAGGAUCAGCUCCUUUGCAACCCGAUAGCACCUCUUUCGAGCAGUUUGCACAACACACAUGCCCCGUGGGAGCGGCAGACGCAGCAACGGGGGCACCAAAUCUUCCUAUUUCACCAACCGCAUCUGCUCCUUUGCCAUCAGAGCAGCAAGACAGCUGUCAGCUUUUCGAAUUUACAAACUGCCACAACCUCAAUAUCUUCGGCGAGGAUCCACAACAGUCAACGGGGCCUCAGUUUAAAAAGCGUAAAACUUUCGACUGCGAUACUUGCGAGCCCAAUAUCAUGGAACUGUGCUGCGAUGAGGAACACGAGCCUGAUGAAACGCAAGGCACGCGUCUCGAACUGCCGGACCAGACCCCUGCAAUCGCAUUUCCCGGUUCUCAAAUUUACGCCGAUAGCGUUGCUGCUGCUCCUAGUGCCAACAGCUCCUUAAACUUGGAGCUACCUGCCACAGCAAGUGAAAAGCUCCCGAGUUAUAUAGGUUGCAAUAUGACGUCUCUGCCGAGAAAAUCCGAGGAAGACACAUUUUAUGAAAAGUUCUGUGAGCAGUGUGUGGACCUGGAUCAUGGCCAAGCCCAAUGUUCUCAACCCCACGCCCACUCUCACUCCUCAGUACCAACAGUAGAGCCAUCAAAAGAUGUUCUUAAUACCAACUCAACGUCACACCUUUAUACAAAAGGGCAUCACAGCAAUGACGAUGAUCAAACACUAAAUUUCCAGACUUCUCAACCACCACCAUGUGGUCAUGACCAUUCAAUGAAUUCAUCAACAGACAUGAUGGUAAUGAACGACCUUGUCAAAAUUUCCAACAUGUACGAUUUCCCGUUUGGAAGGCACUUUCAUCCACAUGAAAGUGCAAAUGACGUUAACGUCAACCUUUUACAGACAUCUCUCCCAAUUUCGAAAAGUGGACUCCGAGAGGGUCCAUCCGUCAAAACGCCGCAUGAUCAUCAUCACCACUCUUUAGAGUUGCAUUCACAUCCUUUUCACAAUUUCUAUCCGCCGUCAGAACCCAGUUUUAAUGGCGGAGAGACUGCAGAUUUCAAACUCCGAAAACCUUCUUUAACUUUCGAAAAUCUACACAAUGCUGUCUCACCGCCAAAAAUCUGUUAUCCAGAAGUCAGGAACAGCACUGUAAACUUCAACUGGAUAUACAAGAACGAACCGCAAAACAUCGAAUGUGGCUGGAACAACUGUCCCGAAGUUUAUAACUCGUUAUUGGAAUUACAAUCGCAUGUUCUAAAAGAUCACGUAGAGGACACGAACACGAAUGAUACCAAACUCCCAACACCAAGAAACUAUCUCUGCGAAUGGACCGAUUGUGCUUUUGAGGGUGAUGACUUGUGUACUUUGAUAAAUCAUAUCAAUGGGGAGCAUGGUGUGGCAUUCGACAUGAAGUUUUUAAAUCGUGAAAAACUGUUGGAACAAAAUGAGCAUCAACACGCACUACACUGUGAGGAAUGUCCAGACUUCACAAGUUCUCAGACACCGAGCCUACACGAUGUGGCGGUAACUCCGAAGGAGGAUAGUGUUAAUUCAAAUAAUCAUGAACAUGACUACGAUUAUGGCCACGAACAUGGUCACGUACAUAGCCACGAUCAGGGGCAGGAACAUGUUCACGAUUGCCAAUGGAAUGGCUGUGGUCUCAAGUUCAACUCCUGCGCAGAACUAAAUAACCAUAUCGAGGCCGUUCACAUACCUCGUGGCAGAUCCUCCUACGUUUGUGAAUGGGAGAACUGUGGGAAAACUAUUACACAGCGGCAAAAGCUGUUAAGGCAUCUAAGGGUGCACACUCGAUACAAACCUUGCAAAUGUCCGCAUUGCAGCAAGACUUUCUCUACUCAAGACAUUUUACAACAGCAUAUUCGUACACAUUCGGGAGAAAAACCUUACAAGUGUUCUCACUGCGGUAAAGGAUUUGCGACUUCCAGCUCGCUCCGGAUUCAUAUCAGGACUCAUACCGGUGAAAAGCCACUAGAAUGCAAGGUGUGCGGUAAAAGGUUUAAUGAGAGUUCAAACCUGAGUAAACACAUGAGAACGCAUGAAAGAAAGUACAAGUGCAACGGCUGCAAAAGAAGUUUCGAUCUAGCCGAGCAAUUGGAAGCGCAUCAAAGUAGAUGUUCACACUGUGCGACUUUCAAAUUAGAGUCAUAG